UGAUGAAUGCUUUGCUAGCACACGUGUCACUGGUGACAUAUCAAGGAGUACCAUGUACCAUAAGAAUGCCAUUGAAGCAGUAGCAUGUGAUGAUAAAAUAGAGGAGGGUUGGUUCAGAUUUGACAUGAUAACUGGAAAUGAUAUGCCUGUGACCUGCCAUUUUGAAGGAGACUGUGGUACAGAUAAUCCCAUAUGGCUGAAUGGUUCCUUACCCUCUGCUGAUGAUGGUAUCAUUAAUGGAACUGUAUGUGUAAAGAAUGCCACUGUUUGCUGUGCCAAGACAUAUGACAUACAGAUAAAGAAUUGUUCUACAUACAAUGUAUAUCAUCUGCCACCUGUGAGUCAGUGUUCUGAGCGUUACUGCAUAGGUGAUAAGGCACUCUGUCCCCCAGGAACUCUAUCAGAAGAUGGUUUUGAACCGGGUUGUUCAGAUAAUUUCCCAAAUAUAACACUGCAACCAGACAUUCAAGUUGAUGAAAGAGUUGAACGUUAUAUUUUUGGAAAUAAACCAAAAAAGGAGCUUAUGUUCACCUGCCUGCCCUUCUAUGAUCAAGUCCCUGCAGACAAGCUGUCUCUGCUCUUCUUUGAUGUGAAAUGGUACAUUGAUUCCCAACUUGUUCAUGAGGAAGACAACGUUGAUGUGGCUGAUUUGCCUGCACAGCUCAGAGAAAGUGUCUGGCUGGGCAAAUCCAUUACUCUUGGCUUUCAGGUAAAAUGCAGUGUAAAGGGAAAGUAUGUGCAAAAUGGAGAACUUAUAGGUGCCAGAAGUUUGGCUGUUGAAAGUCCAGAGUUUUUUGCAGGUAUAAAGGUGCUGAAUUCAAGUGACUUUCCAAUUAGAAUGAAAGAAAAUGAUCCCAAUCCUGCCAUUAUAGCUUUUCAACCAACAGUGCCAGUUCUGUGCACAGACAUUCCAGUGUUUGGCAUUUAUUGUGAGGAUAUCUUUCUCCAAGUGGAAGUCCGCAUUCCACAACAGUGGAAACAAGCACUGUGUCCAUCAGAGGGUGGAGUUAGUCAAAGACAGGAGGCAGUGGUGGAGGCAUGUGGUAUACAGAUAAAUGCUAAGCACUGGAAUAAAACUGUCACCUUGAAAAUAGCCCCAGUCAUAGAUGGAAUAUAUGAUGGAGACCAAAUCACCAAAGUGCUGCUGUCAACAGCUGAUUUUCAAAGUCACAAAGCUUGGAGCAACUACAGACUGCCAGAUAUACCAAUAUUGGUGGUUGAUACAGAUAUGACCUUAAAAGGACUAGUGUGUAUGGCAAACAGUGACCCACACAUGAUGACCUUUGAUGGUGUUCGAUAUGAAUGCCAGCUUCCCGGAGAAUUCAUAAUGUAUAAACACCGAACUCUGCCAAUCCAGGUGCAUGGUUUCUUCAAAAAGUGUAAUAAUGGACGUGCUUUUUGUCCUUGUGCUGUCACAGUCAUGUCUGGAGGUGAUCUGUUUAUUUUCGACAGAUGUAGAGCUGGAACAGGGUCUGAAACAACUAAGGGCAUCAAAAGACCAAUGCGUUCAGGACUUUUGGGUUGUGAACAUGGACAAAUGAGAGUGGAGUCAUUUAAUAAUGCAAAAGAUUUUAAGAUAUAUUUGCCAACAGGAGGUUAUGUAUAUGCCAGAUCAUAUUAUUACAUAGAUGACUAUUACAUGAAUAUCCACAUUCACCCAGGGUCUAGGGAUGUAGAGUCUACUUUAGGGCUCUGUGGAACUCUGAAUGGAAACAAAAAUGAUGAUUUUCUACGACGUGAUGGUACAACAGACCCUAUCUCAUUGUACCCCAAUGAUUUCUCACUGUCAUGGAGAGUGUCUGAUACCUCAGAUUCAAUGUAUAAUGGCAUCCCAGCAUCCUCCAAUGUGACCUCCAUUCAAGCAGAGUAUUGCAGAUGCCCCGCCAUACCAGUACCAGUAGUUGGCCACAUUUUGUUUAACAGUACCCUUCCACUGGAUUGUAGCUACACAGAGAAUGUUGCAAAGUGCGCUUCAGACAACAGCUACUCGGUGAAACAACUUGCAAAAUGUCGAAAAAGAAGAGCUGCUGCUGGUCAUGAUGAAAUAUUCGAGAUACGUGAAUUUGAAUAUAACCCGGAUGACAGAAUAGAGGCACCAACAUGGCAGAAUGGUUGGACAGAAGCUAAGGCAGAGGAGUUCUGCAGUAAUUAUAUAUAUAACAGCAGUGUUGGGAAAGCCUGUCAAGCAGUAGAGAAUGUGGAUUAUGAAGUUGCACUCAAAGGAUGCAAGGAUGACAUACAUUUAACAGGAGGCACUGCCUGGGCCCUAGCAGCACUCGAUUCUAUCAAGGGAAUGUGUGUCGCAGAAUUGUCCAAAAAUGAGAGCUACUGGGUAGUUGACAACUCUACAGGAGAGGUUGCUCUUCCAGAAGAGUUGGAUGUCAUCCAGUGCCCUAAUGAUUGCAGCAGCAAUGGUGUAUGUACUAGAAAUAAUGGUACUAGUACCUGUGAAUGUUACCCAGGGUAUGUGUCAAGUGAUUGUUCUAUUAGCAGGGAUACUAUUCCUGACUUAUAUUAUAUGCCAACAAAUGGGCUUUGUGACAUAUCUCAGCGGCCAUGUCUUGAAACUCCAGUUUAUGGAGGCCCGUUUGUACAGUCAUCAAACCUGUCUUGUAAAACAGAACAUCUCACGGCAUCUGGUGUGAUUACUGAAUAUAAUGAAGCAGAGUUCAUAAAUGAAGAAGAGGUGAUCUGCCCAUUCCCAAAAUCACGUCUAAAGAGGAGUGAUAUCAGUAGCGAUGAAGUGAUCAAAGUUUACAAUAUAAGCGUCAGUAAUGAUGGUACAAACUACAGUCAACCUCUUAAAGUGGCUAUGUAUGACUCUAAUUGCUACAAAUGUGAUGGGCCAAUACAAUGCCAGUUAAAGAAUGGAACAUGCAGCAUAAAUGGUAAAUGCUAUAAUAACGAGGAACAAAACCCCAGUGAUGCCUGCCAAAUCUGCAAUCCUAAUGUCACUACUAGUGAUUGGUAUCUUCGGCCCAGCACCUGCACCAUUGACAACCAGUGUUACACAGAUGGUCAAGAAAGGACAGGGUCUUUUUGCCAUGUUUGUUCUUCAGAUAAGAACAGAAAUUCUUGGGAUAUUAAGCAUGGCACCUGCAGUAUAAAUAGUUCAUGCUACAAUGAAACCCAGCAGAACCCAGCAAAGCCAUGCCAGAUUUGUGAUCCUAGAGUGUCAAAUACAGAGUGGACACAGCUGAGUGAAAUUUGUGAAAUUGAGGGGAUCUGUAUUGGCAGCCUUGAAUCAAGAAGAGAUCAUGUGUGUCACAUUUGUUCUCCCAGUACAUCUAGAACCUCUUGGACAAUCAAGAAUGGCACCUGCAGUAUAAAUGGUUCAUGUUACAAUGAAACCCAGCAGAAUCCAGCAAGGCCAUGCCAGAUUUGUGAUCCCAGAGUGUCAAACACAGAAUGGACAGAUCUGAAUGGCACCUGCAGUAUAAAUGGUUCAUGCUACAAUGAAAGCCAGCAGAACCCAGCAAGACCAUGCCAGAUUUGUGAUCCCAGAGUGUCAAACACAGAGUGGACACAGCUGAGUGAACGUUGUGAAAUUGAAGGAAGCUGCAUUGGCAACCUAGAAUCAAGAGAUGGUCACAUGUGUCACAUUUGUUCUCCCAACAUCUCUACAACCUCUUGGACAAUCAAGAAUGGCACCUGCAGUAUAAAUGGUUCAUGCUACAAUGAAACCCAGCAGAACCCAGCAAGGUCAUGCCAGAUUUGUGAUCCCAGAGUGUCAAACACAGAGUGGACACAGCUGAAUGGCACCUGUAGUAUAAGUGGUUCAUGCUACUAUGAAACCCAGCAGAAUCCAGCAAGGCCAUGUGAGAUUUGUGAUCCCAGAGUGUCAAACACAGAGUGGACAGAGCUGAAUGGCACCUGCAGUAUAAAUGGCAUAUGCUACAAUGAAACCCAGCAGAACCCAGCAAGGCCAUGCCAGAUUUGUGAUCCCAGAAUAUCACAGACUGUGUGGAUUAUUUUGAAUAACACAUGUUUGAUAGAUGGUGUUUGUUACAAUACAUGUCAAGUAAACCCAGUGGACAAUACUACAGUCUGUCAUUCCAGUACCACGGCAUACAACUGGACUUCAGCUGAUGCAUGUGACCAAAUGGAUGAUAUUGGGAGUACAGUUGAGGCACCUUCAGGGUUAGAUGCCAGCAGCCAGAUGGCAAUUAUCUUAGGAGGCAUUUUGGGGAGCAUAUCCAUAGUUGCUGUGACCCUAAUAGUGGUUGUAAAAUUAAGCAAAAGAAAAAGAGAAAUAUAUGUUUGGAAUCCACCUUCUCAUCCAGAUUGAGCAAAACUUCACUAGUAAUCCUACUGCUAUUGGCAGAGACAACCAGGUAUAUCAGAGAUCUACAGAAAGAAGAUAUGAAAGAGGCUUCAAACAUCACAAG